GAGGUCACGAGCUUGAUUCUCUUCUCCACAGACCAGUUGAAACCUUUACACCCAAGUAAUGUUGUGCAUCGCCCGCCGCCGUUCAAUCCCAACUACUAUACUCCUCCGCUCUUUGACCACAGAAACUUACUCUACACCGGACGUCCCUCCCCCUCCUCCCCCAGCGCCGAAGCCCACCUCUAGAUCUCGGUCCCGCCUGUACCCGACUCCGCGUCCAGCAGAGCCUCUUCCUUACUCCCCCUUACCCAAUCUUCCGCCGACAUUUGGCCGGAAUCAGCUCCUCCCUGUCUCAAACUCUACGCGUGCAUUAUUGGAAAGCAUCGUUGACAAGUUCGAUGCCCCCAUUCGAUAUGCGUUCGCGUAUGGUUCCGGCGUGUUUGAACAGGACGGGUAUCCGGUGAAGGGGUCACCGACAGAGGGCCCGAUGCUUGACUUUAUGUUUGCUGUGACGCACCCUGCGCACUUUCACUCGAUCAACAUGCAUCAGCACCCCUCGCAUUACACGUUGCAUGCACGUCUACUGGGCUCAUCGUAUGUUUCAAGGGUGCAAGAAAUUGGUCCAGGAGUGUGGUUCAAUGCAUAUGUGCCGAUGAAUGGGGUGACAAUCAAGUACGGCGUGACGACAGUUGACAACCUCUGCUCUGACUUGCUGAACUGGCAAUCGCUUUACCUCGCUGGUCGAAUGCACAAGCCGUUGCGAAUCAUCAAGGACGAUGCGCGUGUGCGAUUGACCCAACAAGUCAAUCUGACAUCUGCUGUUCGAGCCGCACUGCUCACGCUGCCUGCGGAGUUCUCAGAGACCUUGCUAUUCGAGCGCAUAGCAGGAAUCAGCUAUAUGGGUGAUCCACGCAUGCUCUUGCCAGCUGAGAACCGGAACAAAGUUGCCAACAUCGUGAAGGCCCAGGGGCCCCAGUUCAAGGAGCUGUAUCAUCGUUUGGUCACCGGUCUUCCCGGUGUCCAUUGGCCGAUGUAUCUCUCCACCAUCAAACAGGACGUCAGCCCUCAUGCUCGAGCUGCCCAUCUCCGCAAGUUGCCUGCCAACUUGUUAGCUGGUGUGCGGAACAACUUCGAUCGUCUUGGCGGAAACCCGUAUGAUGUUGACGAGAGUGCUUACUGGAUUCGGUUGGCGAGUGACGAAAAGCUUCCUGCUACUCUUGGCCAUGAAUUGAGGGAGAUCGUACGCUCCCCAGCGACUGUACAGUCACUCAAGGGAGUCGUCAGUGCUGGCGUCGGGAAGAGUCUUCGGUACAGUGUGGCAAAAGUGGGCAAAUGGUGGAGUAGCUCUUCGGCCAAGAAAGAGACAUAGAUUGGGGAUGUGGAAUAGAUGGGAUUAAUCAAAGUGUAAACAUCAUAUUUAGUGUAAAUUCUACCAUCGAGUGAAGGCUAUAGUAUCUCGAAGGCUAGUUACUUGAACUUCCCUUGUACUCUGCUGGGGCCGGUCCAUGUGCUGUGCCUUACCGGUGAGUUGGUUGUCAUGGAGAUCAAGCGGGUCACGCCGAAGAUCGACUUGAAUCAACAAUCGUUUGGUCAACAUCUUCAAACCUUGUCAAGUUCCAAGUACCUCUGCUGGCUGUUGUGCUUUCCGUUCUGUUCUCUGCCCCUUCUAUCCAGUGCUUCCUUCCCUCGCUGUUCUUAUCUUGGGCCUAGUCCCUUGAACUCUUUGCUCUCUUCUCUCUGAGACUACCUGACAUGUCUCAGGAAAUGUACGAGACAGUGGAGGCGUCCCCUGCCACCAGCCGCACAGUCGCCAUCAUUAAGAAUCAUGCUCUCCGUCACCGGUUCGAUAUCGAAAAGCGUAUACAGGAGGCAAGCUUCGAGAUCGUGAAAGAGCGCCAGAUGGAGUUCGACGUCGAGACGGAUCCUGAGACGUUGGAAGAGCUGUUUGGAGAGGACGCACUCUCUUUGGGGGAGGGUCCGGUAUGGGUCUAUGUCCUCGAACGCAGACGGGCGGUCGAAGUUUGGCAAACGCUGAUGGGCCCUCGAGACCCCGAGGUGGCUCGAGAGGACGCUCCCAACUCUUUACGCGCUCUUUACGGCAUGAGCCUCGUGUCGAAUUGUCUCAUGGGUUCCCCGGACGUACAGACUGCCGAAAUUCAGAUCGCUUCUCUUUUCGCCUCCUCGCCGCCCUUCCGGACCUCGGAGCUACCUGAUGUCGACGGACAAGGGCAGUUCGACACUUUGGGCUCUGUCUCGUCGUCGGUGAUGGAUGCCCUCAGACGCACGGCCUCCGAUGAAGGCUAUGCGCCCUCCAAUCCGUCCACGACGAGCCGGUCGGGGCCGGGUGGCAAGCUCCUCUUCAAAGCACGCCCUAUUCCUGCCACUCAUACCGCACCCGACAUCGUCCCGAGAACAACCCGUGCUGCUUCUCUGCGCGCUGGAGUCGGUGUCGGCGAUCGGAGCGGGCCUGCGGCACCGCGCGCACCGAUCUCGAAAGAGCGGAUGGCGCAGACCUUUGCCAACGUCCCAGGUCAUAAACGCGCGGCGUCCAUCGCGGUGGCAUCAACGGCCGCGCCUGUGAUUGCUCCUCGGAUGACCCGGGCGGCAGCGCUGAGGCUGGGACUGCCUCCACCGGAGCCUGUCAGGAGGGCCUCUUCUGGAGGAACGCCCCAAGGCACAUUUGAAGGGGUUGCAGGUCACAAACGUCGGGAGACUAUUGCUGUUGCCUCGACCCAGGCCCCGGUUGUUGCGCCGCGACUGAACAAGAGUGCUGCUCUGAGAGCCAGCAAAGACCAGGCCCCGCCCUCAUCGUUCCAAUUCCGCAGUCCUAGUCAACCGAAAGUCCCUGGACUUUCGCGCAGCAACUCGACGAGCUCUCUCUCAGGACGUCCUUCGCGUCCGUCUUCCGCUGCGUCGGUCGCCCCGCCGAGCCGGCCUCCUUCCGUUGCACGGGCGACGUCCGUGUCCCGGAUCUCCGCUGUUCCGCCUCCCACUCUUUCCGCCCGCAACGGCUCUAGUACGCCCACUGCCGAAGUACCGUCACGUGCCAAGCCCAGACCAAGCAGCAUUGGCGCUCCGACCAUUGCCCCUCGGACCAAUCGCAGCGCAGCGCUUCGGGCCGCCAAGAAGGAGAUGGAAAACGCCGCGGCGUCCAGUGCUGCUGCUCGGAAAGGCUCCCGUCCUGCUCCCAGGCCCAGUGCCAUCUCCACGUUUUGAAUAUUCUCUUAUCUAUCGGGAAUUUGGAAUCAACAUUGCUACUUGGAAAGUGCCUAUACUUACUCACCUACUGCAAAGCGCUAGACGCUAUUGAUUAUGUCUUUCUUAUUGUGUUUUUAUCCUCCUAUCCCAUGUAUCACACGAGUUGUCGCAAGAGCUCAAUCAAGCCUCGCUCUCGCCCCUUCUGAUAAACACCCAUCCAAAUUGUCGGAUUUCAUCUCCCUUGUCUCCAAAGUACAGGUCGGUUUCAUAGGCCCAAUGCAAAGUCCCAGUUACAACAUCCCGGAUCCCUUGUAGAAAGUGCAGCUCAUCCGGCGAUAACACCACCUCCGGCUUGACCUCUUGCCGCGUGAAGAUGUUCCACAAUAGAGUGGCGACCGAGACCGAAGCCGGAGGGGCAGGACAUAAGUGGGUCGCGUCCACAUCGAAGGCCUCCAUCGACUCUUUGAUGAUGCCAAAUGUGUGGUUCACUGCACCCUGGACAGAAAAGCUUUUCUCUGUACACAGGAUGGAGACGACAUUGAACGGAUUCCCC